CUCUAAACGAAUUCCUUUUGGAUUCAAUUACGCUAAUUUGUAUAAUCCUAAGAAAAAAUAUAAUGCACUUAAGUUAAUGUCAACUAAAAAGCGACCCGGUAAAACUGUGAGGAGAAAAGCAUCGCCUCCUCGUCCUCCAAACUUAUUUUUUCUCUUCAAAAAUGCGUUUAUGCUGGAGUUCAAACGCCAGUUCCCACAAGAGUUUGAAAAAUUAAGUAUGCCCAACUUGUGUAAAUGCACACAGGAGCUUUGGGGGAGUUUACCAAGUGAAGUGAAAGCUGAAUACGCUAAGUUAGCGGACAGCCCAAUGAGUGAGAAUAUGUCGACAUUUAGCAGUACAACUUUGUUAGAACAAUUAGAUUCGGAGAAUUCAUCUUCAAUUCUUUCUUCUGAAGUUCCACAAAUUACUACACCAAUUUUGGCUACACCUACUAUUACUUCAUCUGCUACUACUUCACUUAUCAAUUCACCUAUUACUACUUCACUUAUCAAUUCACCUAUUACUACUUCACUUAUCAAUUCACCUAUUACUACUUCACUUAUCAAUUCACCUAUUACUUCAUCUGCUACUACUUCACUUAUCAAUUCACCUAUUACUACUUCACUUAUCAAUUCACCUAUUACUCCAUCUGAGGGAUCACCUCUUGUUCCGGGACCAAUAUUUUCUCAGCCUUGUGGAUCACCUCUUGUUAUGUCUCCUGAAUUAUUUGGGUUUCAUUUGGAUGGAUCACACUUCAUUCCUCCUGAUGCAUCAACAUUGGUUCUUUUGCUUGACGGAUCAAUUAUUUCUGGGGGAGCGUUAGGAAUUGAACUUCCCAAUAGCAAUAGCCUCGACACUAUUAAUUUUAUUCCAUCUGUUUCUUAUGACAUAAAUUACGCCAAUUAUGAUAAUACCUCUAUGCCUGAUAGAAAUUACGUCGAUUAUAAUACUGUAACUGUCCGACCUUGA